AUGAAGGUCCUCAGCAAAGAAGAGGAGGCCGAUCACUACAAGGUCGUCGUCAAGGCCGGCCUCGUUGGCGGCACGGUCGGCCUCGGUGUCGGCCUCGGAGGCGUCCUCUUGGCGACCAAGCGCUACCCGGCCUUCCGCCAGCUCACCCUGCCCUUCCGCUCCUUCCUCGUCACCUCGUCCGCGACCUUUGGCGCCAUCGUCCACGCCGACCGCGAGUCGAUCCGCUACGGCAAGGAGAAGGACCCCAUGUACGGCUACAAGGACGCGACCGCGCGCGCCGUCGCCGAGGCCAAGGCCAACGAGACAUCGCUGCAGAGGUUCAAGGAGUGGGGCCGCGAGAACCGUUACUCCAUCGUCUUCGCCUCAUGGCUCGCCUCCAUGGGCGUCGCCCUCUCCAUCGUCGGCCGUAACAAGUACCUCACCGGCCCCCAGAAGCUCGUUCAGGCGCGUGUCUAUGCCCAGGGACUCGCCGUCGCCAUGCUUGUCGUCACCGCCGCUUUCGAGAUGAACGACGCCAAGCAGGGUGCCGGCCGCUGGGAGACCGUCAUGAUCAUCGACCCUGAGGACCCGGAGCACAAGCACCUCAUUGAGAAGAAGAUCCACAAGGAGGACUACGAGGGCCAGGACCUCUGGAAGGACAUGGUCGCCGCCGAGGAGCGCCGUAUCGCCGCCCGCAAGGCCACCGAGCAGAAGUAA